GGGCUAAGCCCUAAUUUUGGAGCUCACAGGUCCUGCAACAUCUUGCUCUCAGAGUGUUCUCAUCUGUAAAUGGUGAUGAUAGUAUACCUAUACCUCAGAGGGUUGUUAUAAGGCUCAUGAACAUGUGGUAAGUGAUAAAAAAUGUUAGCUGCUAUUGUCUGUAUACCUACAGAUAUUUGCAUGCAGGAUUCUGUCAUCUAUAUUUUUCUUAAAGGAUUGCUGGGGAUCUGGAAAGCAUUUGUGAGGAAGAUGUCCAGUUAAAUGGAUGGUGAAAAGAUGUUUCAUAUAGUUCAUAAAUCAUUGGCACUCAAUAAUUUCCAGAAUAAUCUCCCCCUUCUCUGACUCUUUUAUCUUCCAUGUCUUCUGCUUUUCUUUUGUUCACCUAAGUCACCUAUAAUUUGACCAUAAUGUGAGUAUAGUAUUUGACACAUUGUAUUGUAAUUUAGGUGCGUCCCCCUCUAGAAUGUUUUGGAAUUAAUGUGUUCUCGGCCUCAUACCCACUUAGGCCUGGUCUCCAGUUUCCAUCAAUGCAAUCCCUCACCUGUCUCGGCACCUCCCUACUCAUUAGGCCUCUCAUUUUCUCCUCUGACCUUCACAUUGAUGAUUUCCCAUAAUUUCCCUACACACUCUUCAUCCACAUGAUCAGCCCUAAACGUAUCCCCGAAGGGCAGAGGAACAAGACAGAGAGAGCGCGAAGACCUUCCUCAGUGAGCAGAAAUCUUCUGAGGCUGAACUGGUGGUUUCAUUUUGUGUCACUGGAGGAAUCUACCUGCCCUUGGCAAAUCACAGCAUCCAGUAUCAGUGGCUUCUGUCUCCUUUAGCUGUUUUUUCCUUUUCGAGCAUUGUCUACAAUCACCUCCAGUAAACUUUCUCCCCUAGUUUUCUAUAAUAUAUUGGAUUUAUCUUGUAUCUCUCCUAAACUUUACCUUUCAUUCCUGCCUUAUUAAGUCCAACUCUUUUUUUUUAAAUCUCCAAGAGGCACUGGCAAGAAGGAGCAUUUGAUUCCCAUUUGUGUGACCUUAAACAAAUUACUUAACAUCUCUGAAUUUGUUUCCUUAUCUGUAAAGUAGAUAAUAAUACUUACCUGCUUUCCUCAGAUGGUUGUUGUGAGACUCAAAUGAGAUAAUGGGCUAUAGAGAUAUGUAUACAAGUAAACAGAAGAAAGAAAGAAUAGAAUGUGGUACUUCUUUCAUCUGGCAUGUCAUUUCCUGGAUUGGUGUGUUUCAUUAAGUUUGGACUGUAUUUAGGAAAUCUGUACUUUUUCCACAUCCUUGGUAGGCGCACUGGGGUUGAAAACCUCCAAUUGCUAUGUGUUCUCUAGUUGCUGUUUUGUGUUUGGUUCAGUUGAUUGCCACAUCUUCUGUAACUCCCAUCCUUUGGGGCCCUCAUUUUCUAGCCCAACUUAACCUUUUCCUCUCAUGUUCCUACCAUGUGUCAUGUUAAAUAAAUUGCCUGUCCUUGCAUGGUGACCAUAUGGUUUGCACAUUGCUUGUACCAAUAAUAUAUUCUUAAAAAAUAUUUGACGUGUUCUUUUUGGAUUUAGAGCUGUAGAAAGCAAGGAUCUUUUUUCCUUUUUCUGUUUCUUAGUACUUUCCCCAGUAAAACAGAUUAAGUGCUCAACAGACACUGCUGACUAGACAGACAUGAACCAGAUCCUGAAUUGCCAGUGCAUCAGGCAGCUUGGAUCUUAAAAGCAAGAGCACUAACAGAAAUGGUAUACAUAGAUGAAAUUGAUAUAGAUCAGGAAGGAAUUGCAGAAAUGAUGCUGGAUGAAAAUGCUAUUGCUCAAGUUCCACGCCCUGGAACGUCUUUGAAACUCCCUGGAACUAAUCAGACAGGAGGGCCUAGUCAGGCCGUUAGGCCAAUCACACAAGCUGGAAGACCCAUUACAGGUUUCCUCAGGCCCAGCACACAGAGUGGAAGGCCAGGCACUAUGGAACAGGCUAUCAGAACACCCAGAACCGCCUACACAGCCCGCCCUAUCACCAGCUCCUCCGGAAGAUUUGUCAGGCUGGGAACGGCUUCCAUGCUUACAAGUCCUGAUGGACCAUUUAUAAACUUAUCUAGACUGAAUUUAACAAAAUAUUCCCAGAAACCUAAGUUGGCAAAGGCUUUGUUUGAGUAUAUCUUUCAUCAUGAAAAUGAUGUUAAGACUGCUUUGGAUCUGGCUGCCCUCUCCACAGAGCAAUCUCAGUACAAGGACUGGUGGUGGAAAGUACAGAUUGGAAAAUGUUACUACAGGUUGGGAAUGUAUCGUGAAGCAGAAAAACAGUUUAAAUCAGCCCUGAAGCAGCAGGAAAUGGUAGAUACAUUUCUGUACUUGGCAAAAGUUUAUGUCUCAUUGGAUCAGCCUGUGACUGCUUUAAAUCUUUUCAAACAAGGCUUAGAUAAGUUUCCAGGAGAAGUAACCCUGCUCUGUGGAAUUGCAAGAAUCUAUGAGGAAAUGAACAACAUGUCAUCAGCAGCUGAAUACUACAAAGAAGUUUUGAAACAAGACAAUACUCAUGUGGAAGCCAUCGCAUGCAUUGGAAGCAACCACUUCUAUUCUGAUCAGCCAGAAAUAGCUCUCCGGUUUUACAGGCGGCUGCUGCAGAUGGGCAUUUAUAACGGCCAGCUUUUUAACAAUCUGGGGCUGUGUUGCUUCUAUGCCCAGCAGUAUGAUAUGACUCUGACCUCAUUUGAACGUGCCCUUUCUUUGGCUAAAAAUGAAGAAGAGGCAGCUGAUGUCUGGUACAACUUGGGACAUGUAGCUGUGGGAAUAGGAGAUACAAAUUUGGCCCAUCAGUGCUUCAGGCUGGCUCUGGUCAACAACAACAACCACGCCGAGGCCUACAACAACCUGGCUGUGCUGGAGAUGCGGAAGGGCCACGUUGAACAGGCAAAGGCACUAUUACAAACUGCAUCAUCAUUAGCACCCCAUAUGUAUGAACCGCAUUUUAAUUUUGCAACAAUCUCUGAUAAGAUUGGAGAUCUGCAGAGAAGCUAUGUUGCUGCGCAGAAGUCUGAAGCAGCAUUUCCAGACCAUGUGGACACACAACAUUUAAUUAAACAAUUAAGGCAGCAUUUUGCUAUGCUCUGAUUGUUCCUUAGACCACAUAUGUUCUUAUGAAGUGGCAUUAUGCAAGGGGAAAAAAGUACUAUCUCUGUGUGUAUGUAUGUAUAUAGUGUAAUACGUAUAUUUUAACAAACCUGUCCUUGAUAUUAGUGAAGGUGACACAUAAGGGUGACACAGAAUGUAUAAUGCAAAUUUCAUAGUAAUAGUAACUUUAUAAAAUACAGGAUUUAAACCUUUAUACAUAGAUUUUGAAACUUUCUCCCACAUUAUAUAGUAGAUGUUUGUUUAUUAUGUUUACAAAACAUUUUGGUGAAUUUCCUCAAUGUUUUAUAAAUGUACAUUUUUUAAGUCCUUAAGCUAUUAGCCAUCAUGUAGCUUAAGGAGUCUGAAAUCUGCCAUUAAAACUGCACCUUUAAGCCAGGUGUGGUAGCAUGUGCCUAUAGUCCCAGCUACUUGGGAGGUGGAGGUGGGAGGAUUAUAAAUAGAGACUUUCCUUAAGACUUUAAAAAUGUAUUUAAGGCCGGGCACGGUGGCUCACGCUUGUAAUCCCAGCACUUUGGGAGGCCGAGGCGGGCGGAUCACGAGGUCAGGAGAUCGAGACCACCACCAACUCUUUACUACAAUGAGAGAUUUCUGUCAGGGUCUUUCAGCUGGGAUUGAGUUUAAGCAUUCAGAAAACAAAUAUUUUGGAAAGACUGGCAGGACUAAACCUUAGAAAAUAACCCAGAAAUCAAGUGUAGGAAAAAAAGCCAUCACCAAAUAAUUUUGUAUUCUAGGAAAUAGAGAAAUUGGAAUGCUCCAUGUUUAUGUUCCUUGCAGAGUUCCAAAAUGGUCAUCUAGGCUCAGAUUUGAGGGGGGAAAAUUUAUUUAGCAAUUUGAAAAUAACUGCAGUUUCAUAUCUGUCCAUAUAGAUGGCAUUCAUCCUAUUUUUAGCUAAAUAAAAACAACAUUUUUGAGAGAGACUAUUAUUUCACUUCUUUGAUGUCAAAGCCAAUCCUUCAAAUGAAAGAAUAGACUUGUUAUAAUCUUUGGGAACUACGUUUCUUGCAAUGUGAUCCUUUUCUUUACCUGAAUCUAAUUCUGACUAAUAAGGGAAAGUGGAUUGUUAAGUGAAAACAAUGGAAGUCUUGGUGAAAGCAACCAUGUUAUCUUAGAGAAGAGGCUAGACCUAAACAGAUUUUAGGAAGAAUUUUGUUUUCUUUUUAAAUCAGAAAGAGAGACCCUCUUCCAAUAUUUGAAACUCAAGUUUUUAUGGACCUUGCAACUGUCACUGCCCCCAAACCCCACCCCUCUUCUGGUCUAAUAGCUUCAAUUUAUUUCUCUCUACGGGAUUAUCUGUUUUUUAAAAAUCACAUUUCCUUUAAGCCUACCUCCCCUUUUUAAAAUAAUAUAACUUUAUUAAACUAAAGGAAGAAAAAGCAAAUAACCUGAAAAGGAAACUCAUAAAAGAAAUUAAAAUGGUUGAUAAACAUAUGUAACAAAAAAAAUUUGAUAACUGAGAAUGAAAUUAAUUCAAGAAAAAGAUGCAUUUUUAACCUCUUCAGAGAACAAAGAUUUGAAAUGUUUAUUAUAUAUGAGGCGAAGGUACUGUCAAAAUUCACUGAUGGGCAUAUAUAUUGUUACAAUCUUGACAGUAGUGUGGCAAAUUUUAUUAAAUUCCUUCCAUUUCUCUUGUA